UUAAGCGGAGCAGACCAAAAUCCCAAACAAGGAAAUGGUGGGGGAAUAAAACGAGCAGAUUAUUUAAUUAAUGCAUGUAAUAAUUAAUAUUUUAUUUUAUUGUAAAUUAAGACGUAUUUAUGGGUUAAAAUGGAUUACGACUUCAAAACAAAGCUGGCGGCCGAGAGGGAGAGAGUAGAAGAUCUGUUCGAAUAUGAAGGUUGCAAAGUGGGUCGAGGCACCUACGGGCACGUUUAUAAAGCUAAGCGCAAAGACGGGAAAGACGAGAAGGAGUACGCACUGAAACAAAUAGAAGGCACUGGAAUAUCCAUGUCCGCCUGCAGGGAAAUCGCCCUGUUACGAGAACUCAAGCAUCAAAACGUGAUCGCCCUGCAGAAGGUGUUCCUGUCCCACAGCGACAGGAAGGUCUGGCUGCUCUUCGACUACGCCGAGCACGACCUCUGGCACAUCAUCAAGUUCCACCGCGCCUCCAAGGCCAACAAGAAGCCCAUGCAGCUGCCCCGGGGGAUGGUGAAGUCUCUCCUGUAUCAGAUUCUGGAUGGGAUCCAUUACCUCCAUGCCAACUGGGUGCUCCACAGGGAUCUGAAACCGGCGAACAUCCUGGUGAUGGGCGAGGGUCCCGAACGAGGAAGAGUGAAAAUCGCCGACAUGGGCUUCGCCAGACUCUUCAACUCCCCCCUGAAGCCGCUGGCGGACCUGGACCCCGUGGUGGUCACCUUCUGGUACCGAGCGCCCGAGCUGCUGCUGGGCGCCCGCCACUACACCAAAGCUAUCGAUAUCUGGGCGAUCGGCUGCAUCUUUGCGGAGCUGCUAACGUCGGAGCCCAUCUUCCACUGCCGCCAGGAAGACAUCAAGACCAGCAACCCGUUUCAUCACGACCAGCUGGACCGAAUCUUCAGCGUCAUGGGCUUCCCUGCAGAUAAAGACUGGGAGGACAUCAGGAAGAUGCCGGAGUACCCCACCCUGCAGAAGGACUUCAGGAGGACAACGUAUGCAAACAGCAGCUUAAUCAAAUACAUGGAGAAGCAUAAAGUGAAGCCUGACAGCAAGGUGUUCCUGCUGCUCCAGAAGCUCCUCACGAUGGACCCCACCAAGAGGAUCACGUCAGAGCAGGCGCUGCAGGACGCCUACUUCCUGGAGGACCCCUUACCGACCGUCGAUGUGUUCGCUGGCUGUCAGAUCCCCUACCCAAAGCGAGAGUUCCUCAAUGAGGACGAGCCGGAGGAGAAAGCCGAGAAGAACCAGACUCAGCAGCACCAGCAGACCACGGGCCAAACCCAGGCCCAGAACCAGCAGCAGACCGGCGCCCAGCAGGCCCCCUCCCAGCAGAGCUCGGCCCAAACCAACGGCACCGCCGGGGCGGCGGGGGCCGGCGGCGGCGGCGGGGGUCUGCAGCACGGCCAGGACCAGGGCCCCCCCAACAAGAAACCUCGUCUCGGCACCUCCGGGGCCUCCUCAGGCACAGGAGUCCUGCAGUCAGAGUACCAGCACUCCGGCUCCCGCCUUGCUUACCAGAGCAACGUCCAAGGCUCCGCCCAGCCCCAGAGCACCAUGGGAUACUCGUCCUCGUCCCAGCAGGGCUCGCAGUACUCCCACCAGACCCACCGCUACUGAGGCUCCCGCCCCGUCUCCCGAACCAGCAGAGGGGCCGCCUCCUCCGCCCCCCACCCCACCACCCCCCCACCCCCCUCCACCCCUCCUCCCGCCCCCACCCCGCCCACCGUCCAUCCGCCGCAUCGCUCCGACUCAUCCUUCAGGCCGCUC